UUUGUUUGUAUUCUCACCUGAAUGUAUCGAUAGUUGCUUAUGUAUUUCGAUUAGUUGACGAUAACAGCCUUUUAGCCGCCGCAGCGGAGUAAACACGUUGCAAUUCGCAAUUUGUUGGUUGCUAGUUAUUUCAAUAAAUAUUAAGUGAACUCAUAAUAAAUUACGCAGGCAAUCACAGGAAAAUGGCAAAUGUGGAACGUAAAGGCACCUUCAAGGUGGAAUUUCUGCAGAAAAUCGAGCGCGAGGUGCAACAGCGAUGGGAAGCGGAGCGCGUGCAUGAAACGGAUGCCCCAACAGAGCCCAAGAAACAACUGAGCGAAAAAUUCUUUGUAACAUUUCCGUUUCCGUAUAUGAAUGGACGCUUGCACUUGGGGCACACAUUCUCCAUGUCGAAGGCAGAGUAUGCUGUUCGCUAUCAUCGCCUCAAGGGACGUCGUGUGCUGUGGCCCUUUGGAUUCCACUGCACGGGUAUGCCGAUCAAGGCGUGUGCUGAUAAGCUGGCGCGCGAGCUUGAAACGUAUGGUUAUCCACCCAAGUUUCCGGAGACGGAGGAAGAGGUGCCAGUUGUUGAGCAGUCGCAGUCGGAGGUGCCCAAGGAUAAGUCAAAGGGAAAGAAGAGCAAAGCCGUUGCCAAAACGGGCAGUGCCAAAUAUCAAUGGCAAAUUAUGCAAAGCCUCGGCUUGCAGGAUGAGGAAAUCAAGCAAUUUGCCAAUGCAGAGCACUGGCUGAGCUACUUUCCACCGCUGGCCGUGCAGGAUCUGAAGCGCAUCGGUGUACAUGUCGACUGGCGUCGCACAUUUAUAACCACAGAUGCGAAUCCCUACUACGACUCGUUUGUACGCUGGCAGUUUAACCAUUUGAAACAGCGCGGCAAGAUCAUGUAUGGCAAGCGUUAUACAAUUUAUUCCCCUAAAGACGGACAGCCCUGCAUGGAUCACGAUCGUUCCAGCGGCGAAGGCGUAGGUCCCCAAGAAUACACUCUGAUCAAGAUGAAAGUCCUGCAGACGCCCAAGGCUUUAAGUGCUAUCAAGCAGCCGAUUUUCUUGGUGGCAGCCACAUUGCGUCCGGAGACAAUGUAUGGCCAAACGAAUUGCUGGUUGCACCCAGACAUUAAGUACAUCGCUUGGCAAAGCUCGCGUGACAACGAAGUGUGGGUCAGCACACAUCGUGCCGCACGUAACAUGGCCUAUCAAGGCUUCACAGCCGAAGAUGGCAAAAUUGUUGUAUUGGCCGAAGUGACAGGCCUGGAGCUCUUAGGUGUUCCACUGUCGGCGCCGCUAACGAGUCACAAGACAAUUUACACACUGCCUAUGCUGAGUAUUAAAGCGGAUAAGGGUACGGGUGUGGUAACCUCCGUGCCCUCUGAUUCGCCCGAUGAUUAUGCUGCCCUGGUGGAUCUGCAGAAAAAAGAAGCAUUCCGUCAAAAGUAUGGACUAACGGACGAAAUGGUACUGCCAUAUAGCCCAGUACCCAUCAUCGAGGUCCCAACACUGGGCAAUCUCUGUGCUGUGCAUGCCUACGAUACACUGAAGGUUCAAUCGCAGAAUGACAAGGAUAAACUAGCCGAGGCCAAGGAGCUUUGCUAUUUGAAGAGUUUCUAUGACGGCAUAAUGCUGGUAGGUGAGUUCGCUGGUCGGAAAAUCCAGGACGUGAAAAAGAAUUUGCAAAAGCAAUUAGUUGAUGCCAAGGAUGCGGAUAUUUACUAUGAACCCGAGAAGACCAUCAUGUCACGCUCAGCGGAUGAGUGCGUAGUGGCGCUGUGUAAUCAAUGGUACCUAAACUAUGGCGAACCUGAAUGGCAGGCACAGGCAACAAAAAUACUGCAGGACAUGGAAACGUUUCACGAGGAGGCGCGCAACAACUUUGAGGCGUGUCUGAACUGGCUGCAUGAGUACGCCUGUUCGCGUACUUAUGGCCUGGGCACUAAGCUGCCUUGGGAUGAACAGUGGCUCAUUGAAUCGUUGUCCGACUCAACUAUCUAUAUGGCCUUUUAUACGGUUGUGCACUUGCUCCAAGGCGGCACUUUCCGUGGCGAGAAACCAGGACCAUUCGGCAUCACACCCGCAGACAUGACUUCUGACGUCUGGGACUAUAUAUUCUUUAAAGAGACACCUCUACCAAAGAAAACAGCUAUCAAAAAGGAGCAUCUGGCUGUGCUGCGACGUGAAUUCGAGUACUGGUAUCCCAUGGAUCUGCGUGUGUCUGGCAAAGAUUUGAUUCAGAACCAUUUGACCUUCUGCCUGUACAAUCAUGCAGCAAUUUGGCCUAAUGAUGAAACGAAGUGGCCCAAGGGUAUGCGCGUCAAUGGCCACUUGCUUCUCAAUUCGGCCAAGAUGUCCAAAUCAGAUGGAAAUUUCCUGACACUUUACGAAGCAGUUGACAAGUUUUCUGCGGAUGGUAUGCGUCUGUGCCUUGCCGAUGCUGGUGAUAGCGUAGAAGAUGCUAACUUUGUGGAGAGCACGGCGGACGCGGGUAUCCUCCGUCUAUACACCUUCAUUGAGUGGGUGAAGGAGAUGCUGGCUACGCGCAGUAGCCUACGCAAUGAUGCUGCCAAAACCUUUAACGAUCAGGUCUUCUUGAGCGAGCUAAAUCUGAAGACAAAGCAGACGGAUGAUAACUAUCGACGCAUGCUCUUCAAAGAAGCGCUGCGAAGUGGAUUCUAUGAGCUGCAGCUAGCCCGUGACAAGUAUCGCGAGCUGUGUGGUGCCCAGGGUAUGCAUGAAGAGUUGGUAAUAGAGUUUAUACGUCGUCAGGCUUUGCUAGUGUCGCCAAUAUGCCCGCACAUGGCGGAGCAUGUGUGGGGACUGCUGGGCAACAAGGGAUCUAUUGUUCAUGCGCGUUGGCCCGAAGUGGGCGCCAUUAAUGAGCUCGACAUCAUGUGCUCUGACUAUUUGAUGGAGUCGGCACAUUCUUUCCGCCUUAAUUUAAAAAAUUUACUUCAAGUCAGAGGCAAGGGCGGCAAGGAGAAGGCUCUGGAUGCCCAGACGAUGAAGCCCAACCGCGGUCUCGUUUGGGUGGCUAAAACGUAUCCGCCCUGGCAAUGCUGUGUGCUGGACACCAUGCGGGAGAUGUAUAACAAGGACACCAAAACGCUGCCUGAUAACAAGAUAAUCGCAAGCACCCUGCAGCAGAAACCCGAACUGAAAAAGUUCAUGAAGCGUGUGAUGCCCUUUGCACAAAUGAUACGCGAGAAAGUGGAGACGGGCAAGGGCGUGGCUGCACUAGCUGUCACGCUGGAGUUCGAUGAGCGUCAGGUGCUGCUUAGCAAUCUUGAUUAUCUUAAGAAUACCUUGGAUCUGGAAAGCCUGGAAAUCAAGUAUACUGAUGAUCCCUCGGCACCUGAGAAGACGCGCGAGGAAGUCCGCCCUGGCUCACCAUUCAUUAGCUUCAGCGUAGCGCCUCACGUCCCCGUUGAACUAGUAAAUCCAACGGAACGCUCGGCUCUGUUCCAAGUGAACACCAUUAUAUCAGAGGGUGAUACGGUGCUGUCAUUGCGCGAGAAAAUCUCCAAAAUAAUUGGCCUUAAAGCAGAUCUGUCCACGCUCCAAAUCUGGCGGUAUGAAGAUCCUGUAAUGGGCCCACGUAAACUGCCCAACUUCCAGGACUAUAAGACGGGCAAGACACUGCUCAGCGAGGGUAAUUUUGUGCUUGAUGUUCAGGAUAAACGAGUGAGCGUCAAUAUUGCGGGAAAGCUUAUCGAAGUCGGACGUAAUCUAAUUUAUGUGGUUGAGUAAAGUUCUAACUGGUUCUGGUUAAAAGUUUAAGUUAAAAAUGAAUUGAAAUUGGAACAUUGUAAAAAUCAUUGGCUAUAAAUGAAAACCUUAAUAUGCAAUGCGCAUUGCUGUGACCACUUGACCUAUUUUCAGUUAGUUUUAUCAAGGUAAACUAAAAGCGCUCUAAGCCCAAAGUAUAUUGUGUCCGCUAUACAGCUUAAGAC